AUGUCAUUUCCAUUCCCAUCAUUCUGUGCUGGCUGUGGCAAAAGCAAAAGACCAAACGAACCUCAUCAAUGUGAUUUACCACCUAGAACUACAGAUACAUUCUGUGUACAUUGCCGAUCAUGGAUAUCAGUCCCUACUGCAAGAAGAUGUCCAAAUUGCAAUAGCGUAUUACAUGGAGGCAUAGUUGUGAGUAAUCCUAAUGAACCAGACUACUCAGUGGUUCAUUAUCACAGAGGUAAUACUAAUAGAAAUCCAUAUGGUGGAAAUCCUUUUGGAGGAAAUCCUAAUGGUGGUUUUGGUGGAAAUCCUUAUAGUGGCAAUCCUUAUGGUGGCGGAGGUGGAUUUAUUGAUAUAAUUCUUGUUUACGAAUGGAGACAGGUGGUCACCUUUCAAAAUUAA